AUGUCAGACAGUGAAGAAGAUACCAAGAACCAUCUGAAAACUCCAACGAGAUUAAGGAACAGCAAGAAUGUCACCGUUGCGUUCAAGUUGAACGGAAAAAACUACCCAAUCUGGUCAAGAUUGAUGAAGGUCAAAAUAGGAGGCCGAGGGGCCUACUCGUACAUCAGGAAGGAACCUCCCGAACCCGGAAGCAAGGAGUAUGACGACUGGGAGGAAGACGAUCUAGUCGUUUUCUCAUGGAUCGUCGAUAACAUCGAAGACGAUAUCAUCGCCGAUUUCGCACACCACCAAACAUCAAAGGCAUUGUGGGACAGCCUUGCGGUAACAUACGACAGUAAGGCCGAUCCAUAUCUCAUCUACGACCUGGAAGAGAAGGCAAUCAACAUUAGGCAAGGAGAUCUCGACCUGGAAACAUAUUAUCGAAGAAUCAAUGGGUUGUGGAUCAACAUCGAUCGCUCCCAGAAACAACCGAUUACUUGCUGCGACAAGGGUGUAGACCAAUUCAGAGAAUUCUCCAGCAGCAAGAGACUAAUUAAGUUUCUCACAGGAUUGAACCAGGAGUAUGACUCGAUUAAGCGGGAAAUCCUCAAGGAAGAACCGCACCCAUCAGUUGAGGCUGCCUACGGGUAUGUGAAGAAGGAGGCUACUCGAAGAAGCAUCAGUUCAUCCCCUUCACUCACCGGAGGAGCCGACGGCAGGAGCGCCGAUUCGUCAUCUGGGGGGGAAUUGGGCACGGUUUAGCCGCUCAAAGUCAGAGACCUAACCAAGGCGCACCGCCACACCCCACCGCAGCCACUCACCGGCCGGGAAACAGGCCGGAUAAAUCCCGGCUGAUAUGCUCUCACUGCGGAAAAUCGAGACACACCAAGGAGGAGUGCUUCCUCCUAAUCGGAUACCCAGAAUGGUGGGAGGAGAAACAGAAGGCAAGAGCUCAGGCGAGACUCGCCAUCGGCGUCGAUGAACGAGGACAGCAGAGGCAAACCGGGCCUGGAAACAGAGAGAUGGCAACGGGGCAGGAGAAACCGCCGGGAACACAUGCCUCAACCGGCGGCGGCGGCGGCGUACGGGGGGCGGGCAAUCUCGCCGAGAAGGAGGAACGGAGCGGCGCCGGUAUUGGAGGAUAUUCAGACGAGGAGGAUUCUUGGGCGUGGCACUGAGAAGCAAGGACUUUACUAUGUGGACGAGAUAGCUCAACAUGGCAGUGCGAUGCUGGCUCACGGGUCCACGAAACAAGAAAUUUGGCUAUGGCACCGAAGACUAGGACACCUUUCUCCUGGUUAUUUUAAACUUCUUUUUCCAAACUUUUUGAUUCCUACAAACUUUUCUUGUGAAACGUGUGUUUUGGCCAAAAGCCACAGACAGUCAUUUAAACUUACAAACACUCGUAUGAAUACCAUAUUCUCUUUGAUACA